CAACGGUAAAUCACAAACAAAUAUGGCAGCCGCAUGAUCAACAAACUAACGUUGGUCAAAUCAAUGCAAUGGACGAAAAGGAAAACUAGAUAACAUUUUUAGAUAACAUGAUAUCUCAAAGCCCUAUAGGUGUAAAGAUAACACCUCCUAUUGUUGAAUUUAUUGAUGCUGAAUCGGGAAUUGUUCACCAAAUGAAAAUAGAUGUCCAGAAUCUUAGCAAGACAUCAAAACAUAUUAGAUUUUUAGCUCCAGCGACAAACAAGUUCCGACUUCAAUGCAAGGAGGUUGAAAAAACCAUUGCUCCUGGGUUAGAUGUGUCAGCUCUUGUGGAGUACUACAAUAAUAAAGAUGAAGACUGUCAGGAUUGUAUUGUUUUUAUGAUAGACGACAAAUUUGUAGAGGUGCCAUUAUUUUCGUAUGCUCCAAAAUCUACUCUAAUAAUCAGUGGCUCUGUUGACUUUGGUACAACUGUUGCGGAUGGUCAACUCUUUACAAAGGAAAUUUCUAUAUUGAACCAUGGGCUGAAAUGUGGUGAUUAUAAAAUUUUUCUCAAAAAGGAAUUUCCAUUUCACAUAUUACCCUUGGAAGGUACUAUUCAUCCAGGUUACUCACAGCCAAUCCGUUUUGAAUUUAUCAGCAAAAAUAUUGGAAAUAUUGAAGAACAUGUGAGGGUUGAACUUAGUGGACAAUCAGAAGAAUUUAUAACUGUGAAAGCAAAUGUUGUUCCCCGAGCUCUAGUGUUAUUAUCACAGGAUAAACAAAAACACAUUGAUUGUAUUAAAUUUGGAUCAGCAUACUAUGGAACAGAUGUUGUUCAUAAGUACUGGUUAUACAAUGCAUCUCCCGAAGAAACAAAAUUCAUUGCAGUGUUGGAUGAUGAAGGAAAAGGACAAGAAGUGGGUAUAGACGUGACCAAAUCAGUCAUUGAUGUAUGUACACAACGUGAAAAGUCACUAGUGGGAGCUGAAAUAGCCUCCCUGAUAUCGGUUACUCCAAGCCAAGGGACAUUAAUGCCAUAUGAGAAAAAAAUCCUAUACUUCAAGUUUAGUCCAAGGUUUGUUAAGGAUGCCAAAGGCUGGAAACAUGAAGGAAAGCGCCCACCAAGGCAAGAUUAUGCAGUCUUUUUAAAGUUCCAAAUAGUUGCAAAUGUUGGAAAUGAGAGUGAAAGAGAUAUUAAAGUUGAGCUUGCAUUAACAGGGACAGCGUUACCAAUCUUCUUAUCGAUACUCCCAUCUUCAAUUAUAAACUAUAAUUGUUGUAAAGUGGGUGAGAGAGAAGAGUCUGUUUUAAAGCUUCGAAAUGAUUCUCCAGAUUUGCCAAUAUGUUAUGCUGUUAAAAGGAUAGCACAUUUUCAUGCCUAUCCUGCAUGCGGCUAUGUCAAUACUAGUGAAGUGACAGAAUUAAAUGUAGUGUUUCAACCUAAUCAAGUCGGGAAUUUUAAACGUUACUUAACACUUGAUGUUAUUGGACAAAGUUGUGAUAUUAGCACCACUGGACAGCCUUUAUAUAAAAAGGUUGUGAUUGAUACACACCAAAUACAAAUAACAGGAUCCAGUCAUCCUACUCUGGGUAAAAAGCAUGGGAAAUCUCAUUCUGCUACAAGAACUCAAUCGGUCGAUAAUGAUAGUAACUACUACCUGUCAAAAGGCAACACUUCAGUUCAAGUAUACACAUCGAAAGAAACAUCUGUGUUUGAUAAAACAUCCCUAUCAAUAAAAGAUUGUCAAAUUAGUCCUGAUAAAAUCCCAAUAAAAAUAGCGCAUCCGGAUGAUAGGGCCACUAGUAUCAGACCUAGUGAUAGAAAUCAAAUUUUCAUGACAAAGUUUACAAAGAAGAACCGAUACACCUAUGUAGAUCCUGAUUAUAGCUUUACAGAUGAACAAAAAGAUGAAGUCGAUGCUCACAAAAAUAAAUACACAACUUUUUUACGCAAAGAAAAGUUAAAUCGUAUGCUGAGAAAAGAUGCAAUAGAAUUCCAGAAGAUGAACAAUAAAGUUGAUCUUGGAAUAAAACCAGCACAAGGUUUGAAGCCAACAAAAAUAACAAUUGGUCAUAUCAAAUCAGCAGAAAAAAGAAAGGAAGAGCUCAGUAGGCAACCAAAAGCACCACAACUGCUAAGUUCAAAAAUAAUUGCUGGACAUCGUAAAACAGUGUUUAAUAAAGAAAUUGAGGAAGGUUUAAAGGCAAUCCCUUCAACUUCUGCUGAGAAAGAGGAUUGUAAAUCUAUUUUGACACCUCAAGAACUGUUUGGAAUUUUCUUUGAACCACAUGAAUUGGAUUUUGGUGAUGUUUGCGAACUGUCUGAGUGCAUGAAAGAACUAAGGAUAGCAAAUAAUAUUUCAAAGGCUAUACAUGUCGAUGUGGAGAUAAAUUGCAGAGAGUUACGCCAAACUUCACCGUUAUCACAAGUGAUUCCAUCUGGCAGUGUUGCAAAGUUACAAGUCAUCUUUGAAUCAUCAAAACUUGGAAAAUUUGAGAGGAGUAUUAAUUACACCAUAAAUGGUUACUACAAAAGUCAUCUUAUCAUCCAUGCGAAUGUUGUUACAGUUAACCUAGAACUUUCAAACAACCAACUUUUACUAACACCACUUCACGCUAUGCCUGCAGAAUCAGGUUUUCGGAAGUGUGUUACAUUAAAAAAUUCUCAAAACAUGGAUGCAGAAUUCACAUGGUCACCUGUCAUUGGAAAGGACGGUACUUCAUUUACAAUUAGGCCAGCUAAAGGUGUGGUGCAAGCAUUUUCAGUAUUAGAAUGCGAAGUUACGUUCUAUCCAUCUUAUUCUGCAUGCUGCACUGGAGAGUUUAUUGCACGUGUGGAAGGUGGAAACGAAUUGAAUUUGUCUUGCACUGCUGAAAUUGGAAUAACAUCAUGCUCUUUUGUGGAAAGGCGGUUGAUGCUUGGGACCAUUCCAUUAAAUAUAAUGACAGUACGGUCAGCAUAUUUGAAAAACACUAGUAAUAAUCAUGCUUAUUUUAAGGUGGUUGAUACGAUGCCUAUUCAGGGUAUGUUUGUCAGUCCAAAAGAAGGAGUUGUACCAGUGGGUGGCACAACCGAGCUUACGGUCUGUUACAAGCCAACCCUUGUUCAGAAAUUUGAUACAGAGAUACAGGUUGAUAUUCAAAGAUGGAAAACUGUCACAUUACGGAUAUGUGGUCUAGUUGAACCUCCCACAGUUGAUGUUGAUAUGGAUCAUUUUGACUUUGGUGGAAUAUUUGGUUCAGCUACUGCUUCCAUUCCAUUUAAAAUAACAAAUCUAGGCAAAUCCAAGGUUCAGGUUGUUUUUGAUUUUUCACAUUAUCGAGACUUUAAAGUUAUCUUCCCCAAACGAGAAAGUGAAGCUAACGAUGAUAGAGACUAUUGUUUUCAUGUUACUGCUACUGGACAAGAAGUUGUGGAAGCUGUACUCCAAUUCACUCCUACUGAGGUUGCAUCAUACGAUUUUAUUUUGCCUGUAAGCGUCAAUCACAUUGUGGCUCCAAGUCCUCCACCAUCACCCUAUCCGGCUUCAAUUGCUGCAACAAGGUCUGGUAAAAUCUUAUCUGCUUCUACACGUAACAAUGACUCAUUGUAUGCAUUCGAAUUUCCAACACCAUGUAGAAGGGUGAGAGCAACUGGAUUAAGAUCUCCAUUACAAUUGUCAAGAAAAAGUAUUGAAUUUAAUCUACCAUCUGGCUAUUAUGAUCUGAAUAUCACUGAUAGCUCUGGUCGUGUACAGAGUAUCACGUUGGCGAAUAACAGUCGUGACAAGUUGAGCUGGUCAUUAGAUAUUGAUUCUUGCAAGCAAUUGUUCCAGAAUGGUGUGUUUACUUGUUUAUUUAAGCAUGGUGCAAUGACAAAAAAUGAUUUUGAAAGCAAUUACACCACUGUGGAGCUAGAAAGCGGGGAAACAUAUGAGCUGAAAGUUGCAUUUAACCCUCUUGAACCAGGUGUGUUUAAAGUUACUGUACCUCUGAUAUUAAACAACAACAAAGCACAACCAUACAGUUAUAUUGAUAUCAUUGGUGAAUUGCAGUCAACACAAGUUCAUUUUGAACCUGCUGUGGUAAUCUUCAACACUGUUCCAUUGCAAACAGAAGUUAAAUCUGUUGUGAGGAUUAUUGGGAAAGGCUUUAAAAAGGAUACUAAAGUUUUUGCAAGUGUUCCAAGUGCUAACCUUGAGGAUGGUGAUUGUGUUGAUGUUUUUACUCUCGACUUCUUGGACAGUGACAUCAUGCAACAUUGUGCUAUAAAUAUGGGUAUAAGAGAAUCUUGUACUUUGACCUGUCAACUUACUUUCAAAUCAGCAAAGCCUGUUUCUUUUAGUGGUAGUAUUGUAUUCACCAUUGGUGAGCAAAGUUGUAUUCUACCAGCAACAGCAACUGCUGAUAACUGUCUACUAACCACAUACGACUUCCUUACAAAUGCACAAAACGAUUUUCACAUUAUUUGUGAACGUGUGAAGGAAAAAAAAGAUAACAAUUCCAAUUCACCAGCAGAAAUAGAGUUUGUACCAUGUGUAUCUCCGAUUCGUGCUCCAACUGGUGUUUCCAUGGUGACAAGUGGUACAUCAUUUAGUUUAAAUACGUCGUCUUAUGAAGACACCACAAUCUCAAGUUCAUCAUCACCAACAACUAUAACUACUCCACCUAUAGCAUCUGCAGAAGAUGCACUCAUUCCAUACCAGUAUGAAGCUGAAAACCUACCAGACUCUUCUAGUGGUGAUGGAAAGCAUAUGCUGGAGAUUAUGAGAACGGUGCAGAGAUGGUAUUCGUCACAGUGUUGGUCAAGCGGACUUUGCAUCUUAAAUCUUCCCUACUCCUUGCGUAAAUGUUAUUCUGGCGAUAUAAAUAAAAACAGUAAAACACGAACAGGUCCUUCAAAUCGCGAGGAGAAAAAGGAAUCGAGAACUAUUAUUGAUAUUGUUGUGCAUCUUUGUGGCAAAGCAGUUCCUGGAAUACCUUUGAAUAUGACACUUCCUUCUGAAAGAGGAAAAAGGGUGCAAAUGAUUUUAUGGUUGUACUCCUCGCUGUUGACAUUUUUGCGUUGCCAAGGCGCUAUGGUUGCUUCCAUCAAACCAGAGUAUCUCUUGGAUGCAGAAGAUUACAAUUAUUACCAGCGUACAAAAGAUAGUGAGGAAAAACAUAAAUUCAAUGAUUCAGAAGUAAAAUUUGAAAUGUUGUCAAGAAAGGCUUGGACAGAUUUACUUCUUCAGAUCAUAAAAGUCUUAGUUUUAGCUCGCGUUACACCAUCGUCAUUUAAAAAAAUGGUUCUACCUUCUGGAUAUCCAUCACUUCCAGUGUUUAAUCCUGAUCCUUUGUGCAGCAACGUAUAUAGUGUGAAUGAGAGGAUUGUUUUGGCUUGGUUGAAUCACCACUAUGAACAGCAAAGAGUAAGGUGUUGGAGAAGGACGUUCAAUGUUCACGAACCUGCAAGCAGGUGGAUUGUAAACUUUGAUAAUGAUUUUGUGGAUGGUUUGGUAUUAGCAUCGCUUCUAUCAGCAUACUGUCCUUAUUUGGUCAAAUCUCACUUGCAUUCAUUGUACACUCAUCCACAUUCAGCAGAGCAAUGUUUGCACAAUGCCUUAAAGGUUGUAGAAGCGUUUCGAUUUAUUGGGCUUGAUUAUGAUGUCCUGGUUAAACUACAAAACCCUAGCACAAAACCAAUUGUGUACCAAGCAGUAAUAGCAGGAGAGAACGCUGAGCUUUUCAAACUCCCUGCCGGCUCUCAAAUACAGGUACCCUCCAAAGGAAGUGUUGAACUACCUGUUGAAUAUCGAAGUCGUUUUCUGCAUCCAUGUACUGGAACCUUGGUGCUGGUUGGUAAGAGAGUUGGCUCUGCUGUUGGCUCUACACUUGUGUUUACGUUGAAAUGUUCUGUUGACAAAAUAAUGCCGAAAGAUACCGUUAAAUGUGUAUCGCCAUGUUACGAAUUAAAAAAGAUUUACUUAAACGUCACAACUCCAUUUACACGUGGUGGGAAUUUUACAGUUGCACUUGUUGAAACAAGUCCUGAACAUAGCCUUAUGCGUUUAACUUCUCGAAAAAAUAAACCGCAGAUUAAUAUACCCUCAAAAACAGACCAUGGACGAGGCAAAAGAAACACGUCACCAAAAAAAGUACCAAAUAUGAACAUGCUAAAAGAUUUCACCACCAACAAACAACCCCUAUUGAGUGCUUUUUGGACGCCUGCCAGUGAAGUUCAUCUCGACGUUGGUGCAACUAAAGAUGUUGAAGUGCAGUUCUUACCAUUCGAUGUGGGAAUGAGACAUUGUUCCGUUUUGUUUUUAAACAAAGAUAUUGGAGAAUUUCUCUACUCUAUUGAAGCAGAAUCGUCGCUUCCGUUACCAUCGGAAAUACCAUUCAAACGUAGUGAUGGAGGACGUCGCGUCACCAGCGCCAUGGCUGUUCAACAUAGUCAAGGUUUGCUAAGAGAAGAUAAUACCAUUGUUUACCUGCACUGUGAGGCUGAUACGGAAUGCGUGGAAGAACUGCAGUUGCCAGCAGUUAAUGCAGCAAAAGAAAGAGCACUGAGGAUUGCUACACACCAGAGAAUGUGCGAGAAAGAACUGAAAAGAAGAGAGCUAACUGGUAUCACUUCCUCAGAAACAAUUCUAUCCGCUGUCUCCUCUCUGCAAAUUAACGAAGAGGUGGAAUACACACAUCCCGCCGACGUGUUGGGUAUUGCUGGCUCACUGCAGAAUUUUACAGUCGACGUGACGUCACCAUUUUUUAAAAUACCACCCACUGUUUGUGUGCCGUUGUCUAGCGCAGAUAAAUCAGAGAAAGAAACGGUCAAGAUACCUUUAACGGUGGAGCCAUGCAAGCCUGGUCAGUAUCCAUGUAAGGUGAUCUUGAAAUCUUUGAAUGAUAUUCGUGUGUAUCACAUUGAGUGUACUGUCAACUAUGCUGGAACUUGCAUUGAACUGGAGUUUAGUUCACCAACACAUCAAAAGGUUCUGCAAAAUGUUCCGAUUAUCAAUCACAGCGAUAUUGAUUGGAAUUUCCAAGCAGAAAUAACAGGCAACGGUUUCUUCGGUCCAACCUCUUUUACCGCGUCAGCUGGUGCUACUUCAAACUAUCCGCUAAUAUUUCGACCUGUGUUUGAAGGAAUAGUCGAGGGUCAAAUUAUAUUGAGAAACAGAAGCAAUGGAGCGGAAAGUGUCUUCAUACUGAAAGGGUUAGGAACAAAGCCGUUGGCUUUGGAUACCAUAGAGGUUGAUUGUAUUGUCAAUGAAGCGACAAUGAAAGUUGUGGAGAUCAAGAACGGUUUGAAUCAUAAGAUGGUGUUUCAGACGUUUUCUGAUUUGGAUAUGCUCACUGGUCCAGCUUUUAUCACCGUGCUCCCAAAUCAAACGAUUCACGUGCCAAUAACAGUGCUGACUAAGAAACGUGGAAUUAUGGAAGGGAUGGUAAUGUUUGUGUAUGACGCUGAAUUUGUUGAGCAAAUGGGAUUGGGCAGAACGAUAGACGAAGACAGUGAUGAUGACGCUGAUGACGAUCUCUCGUCCAAUCAGUUACCAUCAAACACGUUAAUUAGUACUGAAUCGUCACGCUUCGCUGAAUUAUCCGAAUCAGAUCACUUUAAGAAGCCGUACCGUGUUUGGUAUUCUUUUCUCAUUAAUUCGAUGCCUUCUUCGCCUGAAAAAAGAAUUGAAGUUAAAGCACCAGUACGCUCUACUACUACUGUCGAGCUCUUGUUAAAGAAUCCUUUGGAAGUAGAUCUGCUGCUUGAUGUUACUAUAGAUGGUGCUGAAAUUUAUGGAGAAGCUUGUGUUACCAUAUCUCCGUUGUCAUCAAUGUUGUAUCAACUAGAGUUUGCUCCCACUGUGGUUGGUCACACGAAGGCUAGCGUUAUAUUUCAUGGACCAUCGUUAGUUGAAUUUUGGUAUGAACUGCAACUGGUCGCGGAGCAGUCACUUCCACAAACUUUACCAACGAUGCAAUGCAGCUUGGGAAAGUCGUGUUCUCAAUUGUUAUCGCUCCACAAUCCUACGGUGGAACCAGUUAUUUAUUCUGUAGCCUGCUCAAAUACAAACAACUUUUCGCUAGAAAACGUCUCUGAUCAGGUGUCAGUGCCACCAAUUAGUGAGCUAGAAGUACAAGUUACUUUUACUCCCAGCCAUGUUGGAAGUGGUAACCAUCAAGCAGAAUUGAUAUUUGAUAAUAUACAGACUGGAAUGCAAAAAUUCAUCCUUUCUGGUAUCGGUGAACUCCCUGGUGUAAACACAGAUCACGUGAUCCAUGCAGUACUUGGAGAAAAUAAAACCACCAUUGUAAAUUUUCACAAUCCUUUUGAACAUGAUAUUGUCGUCGAUGUUCAGCUUCAAGAACUCCCUUUGUGUUCGCUCUCUUCUAAGAUUGAAAACGAGGCUGGUGUGUAUACUUUACUUUUAAAAGUUUCCAACAACUUAAUUCUUCCUCCAAGACAAGUUCUUGAUAUCCCAAUCUCUUACUCACCAAACACUAUGCAGAAAUGCGAUGCUGUAUGCACUGUGACAGCGAGACAAUUUUAUUUGGAAGAAGCUGGUAGAGCACCUAUUGCAGAAACUGGCGACGUGCAAUGGAAAUACGAUAUCCAAGGUAUACCGCUAUCGGUGCCAGUGAAGAUUUCACAUGCACCCGUAUUCGAGUGUCGCGCAAGAGAAAGAUUGGAGGAGAAAUUAGAGAUUUCGUUUGCUGGGCUCGAUUUAAAUGUUUCCAAAACAACUAAUGCUGCUCUUAUGAAGUCACUCAAGCCAAUGCGAUUACUGGGUCAAUCAAUUGGACCACAAAGUUCUGAUCUGGAUGAAGAUUACACGAACAUAUCCGAAGUGUUCAAAUGCGAGUUGCAGUACGACGAUAAAGAAAGUGAAAGUGAUAUUUCAAGAUCAGUAGCGUUACAACUGCGUCGGAAGCGACGUCAUCAACUCACUGGUGUCGUCACGUUGGUAUUUGAAGUGAUCCUCUCUCCUUCUAGAACGUUCAAUCACCUUGUACAUCUGUGUAUUACGUCAUCAAAGGGUGGUGUUUGGAAGUAUCCGUUGCGUUUCUUAUCCACUGAACCUACACCAGAUGACGUCAUUGUUGUGGAAUCUGCAGGAUUAAACAAAGAUUCGAAUGUUGCAUUUAGACUGUGGAGUCAAACAAGCGAUAAGUGCCAGUUCGAGGCGUUUUUUGCAAGUGGUUCAGACAACGUGUUUACUGUCUCUCCAUCGUCUGGUGUUUUGUUACCUGUUGGAAGCGAUGGUACUUUGCUGACUGUAUCAUACAGACCGUCUUUUUAUGGAAGGACCCACCAGGCGAAGCUUUUGAUACAGUCUCGUGAUACACGGUGGAUUUACGAUGUUAGGGGCGUUACGCCUACUUACCAACCGCCCCGUGUUAAUGCAGCUACUGGAAGUUAUGUUAACGGACGAUUACUGCAACCACAGAAGAAAAACUUUGUUAGACAAAAUUUAAGAUUAGUUCACACAGCCGUGAGUUCACCUUUAAAAGGUGAACCGUUGGUCCAAAAAUUUCUAUCGAAAACACAGUAAUA